GCAGUCUCUCGCUAGUCGCUACUAAUUUCUUCUCUUUCAAAUCCUCCUCGUAAUUCGUAUCUGGUUUCUCAACCUCAACCCAGUCCAGCGAUUCUUGAGCUUCGUGGGGUUUAUGGUUGUUGGGCUUCGAUGUCUUCUUCAUCUACACUUUCACCUUCACUCAGACAUGCAGAUUUCUUCAAUCCCAUCCAACGUCGACUCUUUGUACCCAGAAGGAUCUUUCAGCACAAAAGCCAAUGCAAAAUUCUUAGAAGGAAUUUUACCUUGAAGGGAAUCGUUGCAGCCGGGGUUUCGGUUAUGGAUUCUUCUUCGACUGCCAGUCCCAUCCAAGGAAGAGAGAGGCUACCUUUCAAGCCAGAAGGGUACAAUUAUUGGACAUGGAGGGGCCACAGAAUACAUUACGUGGAGCAAGGAAAAGGGAUUCCUAUAGUUCUUAUUCAUGGGUUUGGUGCUUCUGCAUUUCACUGGAGAUACAAUAUACCAGAGCUGGCUAAAAAAUAUAGAGUUUAUGCUUUAGACUUGCUGGGGUUUGGAUGGAGUGAGAAAGCAAUAAUUGAGUAUGAUGCCAUGGUAUGGAGAGACCAGGUUGCAGAUUUCUUGAAGGAGAUAGUGAAAGAACCAGCAAUUUUAGUUGGAAACAGUCUUGGAGGAUUUACUGCUUUGGUUACAGCAGCAGAGUUGCCUGAACAAGUUGUGGGAGUUGCAUUACUAAACUCUGCUGGGCAGUUUGGAGAUGCAAGUGGGAGAACAUCUACAAAAUCUGAGAAUUCCAUCCUAGAGAAUUUUCUCUUAAAGCCACUGAAGGAGGUUUUUCAGCGUAUUGUUCUAGGAUUUCUUUUUUGGCAAGCAAAGCAACCUGCAAGGAUUGAAUCUGUCUUAAAAAGUGUAUAUAUAAAUACUUCCAAUGUAGAUGACUACCUUGUGGAAUCAAUAACAAAACCAGCGGCGGAUCCCAAUGCUGGAGAAGUUUAUUAUAGAUUAAUGACGAGGUUCAUGUUAAACCAGACAAAGUAUACACUUGACAGUGUGCUAAGCAUACUCUCUUGCCCAUUGUUGUUGCUCUGGGGUGACUUGGACCCUUGGGUAGGGCCUGCAAAAGCCGCCAGAAUCAAAGAGUUCUAUCCCAACACAUCGCUUGUGAGUCUACAGGCAGGGCAUUGUCCUCAUGAUGAGGUCCCAGAACUUGUCAAUGGAGCUCUUCUAAAUUGGUUAUCAACACUAAAACUUAGCGCUUCUCUCCAAGCAGUGAAUAUGUAAUAUUUAACCUCUGUCUAUGGUGGAAGCAUUACAACCAUCUUUUGUUUGUAUGCUUCUCUGUAUUGCAAUUUUACUUGUAAUAUACCAGUAAAUUCAUUAUUUACAAAUUUAAGAGUCAUGUUCUUACA